AUGGCGGUGGCGCUGCUUGGCCUGGCUGUGCUCCAGCCCCUUCGCCCUGAAACACUCUCAGGUCACCCAGUUGGUUUCAAUGUAAUUAGGCUACUGAGCGGAUCAGCUGUAGCACUGGUUAUAGCCCCCACUGUGUUACUGACAAUGCUUUCUUCUGCCGAACGAGGAUGCCCUAAGGGCUGUAGGUGUGAAGGCAAAAUGGUAUAUUGUGAAUCUCAGAAAUUACAGGAGAUACCCUCAAGUAUAUCUGCUGGUUGCUUAGGUUUGUCCCUUCGCUAUAACAGCCUUCAAAAACUUAAGUAUAAUCAAUUUAAAGGGCUCAACCAGCUCACCUGGCUGUACCUUGACCAUAAUCAUAUCAGCAAUAUUGAUGAGAAUGCUUUUAAUGGAAUACGCAGACUCAAAGAGUUGAUUCUGAGUUCCAACAGAAUCUCCUAUUUUCUCAACAAUACCUUCAGACCUGUGACAAAUUUACGGAACUUGGACCUGUCCUAUAAUCAGCUGCAUUCUCUAGGAUCUGAACAGUUUCGGGGUUUGCGAAAGCUGCUGAGUUUACAUUUACGAUCUAACUCCCUGAGAACCAUCCCAGUGCGAAUAUUCCAAGACUGCCGCAACCUGGAACUUUUGGACCUGGGGUAUAACCGGAUCCGAAGUUUAGCCAGGAAUGUCUUUGCUGGCAUGAUCAGACUCAAAGAACUUCACCUGGAGCACAAUCAAUUUUCUAAGCUCAAUCUGGCCCUUUUUCCAAGGCUGGUGAGCCUUCAGAACCUUUACUUGCAGUGGAAUAAAAUCAGUGUCAUAGGACAGACCAUGUCCUGGACCUGGAGCUCAUUACAAAGGCUUGAUUUAUCAGGCAAUGAGAUCGAAGCUUUUAGUGGACCUAGUGUUUUCCAGUGUGUCCCAAAUCUGCAGCGCCUCAACCUGGAUUCCAACAAGCUCACAUUUAUUGGUCAAGAGAUUCUGGAUUCUUGGAUAUCCCUCAAUGACAUCAGUCUUGCCGGGAAUAUAUGGGAAUGUAGCAGAAAUAUUUGUUCCCUGGUAAACUGGCUGAAAAGUUUUAAAGGACUGAGGGAGAAUACAAUUAUCUGUGCCAGUCCCAAAGAGCUGCAAGGAGUAAAUGUGAUCGAUGCAGUGAAGAACUACAGCAUCUGUGGCAAAAGUACCACGGAGAGGUUUGAUCUGGCCAGGGCUCUCCCAAAGCCAACAUUUAAGCCCAAGCUCCCCAGGCCAAAGCAUGAGAGCAAACCCCCUUUGUCCCCUACAGUGGGAGCCACGGAGCCCAGCCCAGACACUGAUGCUGACACUGAGCACAUCUCUUUCCAUAAAAUCAUCGCAGGGAGUGUGGCCCUUUUCCUGUCUGUGCUCGUCAUCCUGCUGGUUAUCUACGUGUCGUGGAAGCGGUACCCUGCCAGCAUGAAGCAGCUGCAGCAGCGCUCCCUCAUGCGAAGGCACAGGAAAAAGAAAAGACAGUCCCUAAAGCAAAUGACUCCCAGCACCCAGGAAUUUUAUGUAGAUUAUAAACCCACCAACACAGAGACCAGCGAGAUGCUGCUGAAUGGGACGGGACCCUGCACCUAUAACAAAUCAGGCUCCAGGGAGUGUGAGAUACCUUUAUCAAUGAAUGUGUCAACUUUUCUGGCAUACGACCAGCCCACAAUAAGUUACUGUGGGGUGCAUCAUGAACUUCUCUCUCAUAAGUCCUUUGAAACGAAUGCACAGGAAGAUACGAUGGAAACACACCUAGAGACUGAGCUGGACCUGAGCACAAUCACAACAGCUGGCCGAAUCAGUGACCAUAAACAGCAGCUGGCUUAAUUGAGCUAAUGGUAACCAAGGGUUGCCACAAAACUUUGUAACCUCAAGGACAAAAUGAGGAAGAUUUGUUCAUUGUGGACUCUAAAAAAAAAGAAAAA